AUGACUAACAAGAACAGCUUUCUCGACGAGUCAAAGAACACGGAUCUCAUCCGAUGGUCUGACAAGGGGGACUCGUUCAUUGUAUUGGACGAAGAUGAGUUUGCGAAAACCCUCAUUCCUGAACUCUUCAAGCACAACAACUAUGCCUCGUUUGUCCGUCAGCUCAACAUGUACGGUUUCCAUAAGCGCGUUGGUUUAUCAGACAAUUCUAUGAAGGCCAGCGAACGUAAGAACAAGAGUCCCAGCGAAUACUACAACCCGUACUUCAAGCGAGGACAUCCGAACCUGCUUUGGCUUAUCAACAAGCCAAAGAGCGGCUCUAGCAAGAAGAAGGGUAAGAAAGAGGAUGGAGAUGUGGACAGCGACGAAGAGAAUAUCAUUGAGGAGAUUCCGACUGCGCCGUACGGUGUCCCUGCACCUCAACCGGGCAGGGCUCUCCCUCAAGCUGAUGUUGGCCCGCUGCAGCGUAGAGAGCUGACAGCCGUUCGCGAGCAAAUCUCUCAGCUUCAACAGCAGCAGAAAAACAUCUCAAACAUCAUCCAACGACUGCGUGGCGAGCAUAACCAGAUGUUGCAGCAAGCGAUCAUGUUUCAGAACAUGCAUGACCGUCACGAGAACUCGAUCAACGCUAUCUUGAACUUCCUGGCCAACGUAUUUAGAAAAUCGUUGGAAGACCAGGGCGGCAACCAGAACGUCGCCGAACUUCUCGCAAGUAUUCUGCCGACUUCCCAAAUACCUCAAGGUAGCGUCUUAGAUCUCGGAGACUUCCAUCAACAGACUCCUAGUCCAGCUGCAAUGAGCCCUGGGAAGAGACAGCAACGCCUCCUACCCCCUAUCCCAGGUCGAGCAAACACAGUUGUCUCUACUCCGGGUUCGAAUGCAGGCACGGCAUCAUACAACCCUGCGCACCACGCCCCGAUGGGUCAAGUCACGGAAAUCUUCGACAACUCUCCGGCUGACACAACAUCUCCAAAUCAGAUCAAGCAUGACCUUCAGGCCAAUCCUCAAGAGAGCAUGAUGAAACUGAUUCAUGAGACCAACGCUGGCAAUUCACCGGCCAUCGAUAUGCCCGAAGUCGUUGCCAACACCAAUGUCACCUUAAGCGAUGACCAGCGCAAUGGCUUACUCAAUGCCUUUGGUGCGCAGAAUGCAACGCCGUCUCAUACCACACCAGCACCUGCCAUUGCCACGAGCGCUACAUCGGUUCCUGCUAUCCCCAGCAUACCUGAUGGUCGCCAGCCCUCAAAUUCCAUCUCGCCUACACUGCGUCAGAACGUGCUUCCGCCGAGCAUCGAUCACCUCAAUUUUAAUGCUGAGCAGCUGGAGGAACUCGCGCGUCUGACAGAGCAGAGUGCUAAGGGUAUACAUGAUCUGCAGGCGUCGUUGACCCCCCUCAGCCCUUCUGGUCGUAUCCCUGGGUUAGAUGCCGAUGGCAACACCGAUGGCUCCUACUUCCAGGACAACGGCGAUCUAGACUACAACGACUAUCUCAACAACUACCUACCAGGUGAUGAUAUUGGCCUCUUUGGUGGAGCUGAUCCCUUGGGCGCACCCGAUGGGAGUGACAUGUUUGGCACACCACCACUGGGCUAUGCACAGGAUCCUGGCCAGGCACCUGGAAUCGAUGCGGACGGCCUUCCAGCGCAAGUUGAGAAUAACACCCCGAGCCCCACCCCAACAGAGGAGAUCACCCGUGAUGAUAUGGAGAGCCCAGUGCGCGACCUCAAGCGCCAACGGAGAGGUUAG